GAAAGCUAAUGAACCCUCUCAAAACUGCCACCCCAUUCCGCUCCAAAAUUUAAACAUUAAAUAAUGUGCGAACCAAAGAAUUUCUACGUGUGGCUACUCCAAUUUAUAGGUCUCUUGGGCCUUCUUGCUCUGAUCCUAUGGCUAUCCUUAAGACCCAGAUCACCGUCCUACUCCAUCAACUUCAUCUCCAUCCCCCAGUCCUCUGAUCAGAACGGCAGCAUCGUUUACAACCUUGAGAUUGAAAACCCAAACAAGGAAUCUAGCAUUUCCUUUGAUGACAUACAACUGAGCUUCCUGUAUGGGGACGAUCAGGUUGCACAAUCAACCAUAGGUUCUUUUCGUCAAGGACCUGGUAAAACCAAUAGCGUAUUCCAAAGUGUUGAUGCCAACCGGGGAGCUCUGAAACCCAUAGUCAACGCGAUUUCUAACGCCACGGCUGAGCUCAGGGCUGCUUUGAUGACCAGGAUUCGGUACAAGACUUGGGGAAUUAAGAGCAAGUUUCAUGGGGUGAACCGGCAAGGUAUUCUACCUAUUGGUCCUGGUGGGAAGCUUUCGGGUAAGAAGAAAAAGUAUCCCCUCAAGAGUCCCUCCAAGAAAAACAACAAGGUUCAAAAUAAAGCAUUGAUCACAAGUCCAAUCUCUCUGCGCGUGCGUGGAUUUCUCAUUCAUUCCCAGUGUGUGUACAUCCUCCUCCUCAUAGAAUUUGUCGAUUGGAUUUUUCUUGGGCCUGAUUAAGAUUCAUCUUAAGGUUACACAAUUCUUUUUUUCUUUAGAACCAUAUACAAUAUAAUCCCCAAUUCAAGUGGUACAGAUUUCACUUA